CUCUUCUGGUUUCUGACAUCGACCUGUGGUCUUCAGUACAGGACUCGAGACUCAGUCCUGCACCACUUUUCUACGCUGGAAUAUUCUCUCUUCUUCAAUAGAUACACCUUUUACCUUCUUGUUGUCUCUACUUUGGCCUCGACUACGAUCACAACUUCUUGUCCAGGCAUUGAAGUAUCGGCUCCCUCUUUGUCGUUCCUCUUCGUCCACACUACAUUGCGUCCCGCCUUUCCUUUUGACAAGUCGGACCCCAUCUGUCACCUUUCUUCUCAGUCGCGUCCGUCACUUGCAAUCCAGUCAUCGACCUAAACUUUCACCUCCACGAUUGCUCUUCGACGACUUUCACCUCCACAAUUGCUCUUCGACGACGUUGCUCUUCCAGACCUUCCGACCACCACUCUACUCGCGCUUCCAGCCCUCGAGUCUGCAAAUCAAUCACCGAUCUGUACCUUUCAUCGUUUGGCAGAAUGGACAGCCACACCCAGCACGAUCCAAAACAACAGGGAAACAUGGCAGCUGAACAACCCGCCUCCUUCGGUCAACAUGACCCAAGAUCUCAACCGCCGCCCUCGAUCAGACCCGGCACCACAAACGCACAGCAGACCCCUAUCAGUCAACAGGCCUUCUGGAGUAACCCUGCAUUUGUGGCCCAAUACUAUCAGCAAGCCCAGACUGCUCAGCAAGUCCCAUCGUUCAACGGCGCGUUCCAGAUGCCAUACCAGCAAGACAUGCAACCAUUCCCCGCCGCAUCUUUCGACAACUCCAAUCACCAGACAACAUUUGAUCCUGCAACUCAAAUGAUGCAGAACUGGCACAUGGCAAAUUCUGCACAGAACAGAGGCUUUGCUCCAGGCAUGUCUUAUCCUGCACAGCAGUACUCGGGAAAGCAGGACGCAACGCAGCAAGUUCCUCGUCAGCAGCAAGACUUACAGCAGAUGUACCACCAGCCGGCUCCCUUUUCUCGGCAACAGGCCGCUCAGACACCUACUGAGGUUGAGAACGACCACAGGGUCAAUGGCGCAUCUUCGAACGAGAUCUCGGACUUCGACAUGGACGAUCCAAGCGCCCAACUCAUGGGAGAGCUGCAAGACGCCAUUGCCGAGUCCGCUCGCUCACCCACUCCAUCAAUUAAGGAAGCAGGAGUGUCCAAGUCUGAUGUCAACACUAUGGGCUUUCCCAGCUUGCCGAGCUUCAUGAACUACGAAGCUCACGCCUCCAACUUGAGAACGAACGACGAGCACGUCUCGGGUCCCCAGAACGAUCAAGAUCUUGAUCAUGAGACCUUCAAGAGUCUCGGACAAGACGACUUGUCGGCCAAGACAGGCCAGUUCGAAGCAACAGAGCUUGCGGACCAGGUAGAUCAGGUCGUCGCCAACCUGCGCGAUGAAGAGAUGCAAGACAGUGAUUUGGGAGAGCACAGCUCUACUCCCGAGUACGACGAAACGACCACAUCCGACGAUGAGGAUCUUGACACUGGCGCCGACAUCGAUGUCGACAUCGAGGAUUACGCUGAUGAUGAUAGCUCUACGCAAAGAGAAUCCUCUGUCCUUGUCAGCGACGAAGACACUGCUCAGGACGAUACCGCUGCCGACAGUGCCGCUGAUCGCGUCGUCACAGACGAUGAGGAAGUCGAAGAUUAUGUCUCGGAGAACGAGAUUGAAGAUGGCGAUGUCUCCGAUGCUGUAUCUUGCUCCCGUGAGGAAGCUCACGACUCUGCUGUUGAGAGCCCUCAGGAGGUUGAGUUCGAGGGUUACUCUCUUACUAUGAGCCCGUUCAAGGCCAUCAAGAAGAAAUUGGCAAAGAAGGCGGAUAAGGACUUGCACAACAAGGCUGUCAAACUCCAACCUCACCAUUUGCCUGCUCACAGAUACUGGGUUGCUGUCUUGAUGCACACUGUCGCCCCUCAAAAGGCCAAGGUCGAGAAAGACUUCGUCUGGCUCAAGGGCAACAAGAGCAACACGGUCGAGACCAUGUGGAACGAAUACCGCAAUGUCACCACCGAAGAGCAACAUCAGAUUCUGUUCUGCGGCAAAGUCCCUCAGUUCACAGAUUCUCUUGAGGAGCUGGAUAUCUUUGACGACAAAUUGGUUGUCUUUCGGGCCGCCAAACAGGAAGUAAUCGUGAUCGAUUGA